CCAAGAUCUUUUUGCUUGGCCUUCAAGAACUGUACGAGGUCAAUCACCCAGAAUAUUAUUGUCCAUUCAUUUUUUAAGCUUUUUAUUCCUCUAUAAAAACAGAGCCACCCCUUAAGUCUUUAUUAGCUUUUGCAGAGCACUCUGUUUGAUAAGGCUUUUUGCAACCUGACGCUCCUCUCUUCGUUUCUAGCAAGUUAGCAGCUGAGCACUAUGGGCAAGGAGAAGGUUCACAUCAACAUUGUGGUCAUUGGCCAUGUCGAUUCUGGAAAGUCGACUACUACUGGUCAUCUCAUCUACAAGCUUGGCGGUAUUGACAAGCGUGUGAUUGAGAGGUUUGAGAAAGAAGCUGCUGAGAUGAACAAGCGUUCGUUUAAGUAUGCAUGGGUUCUUGACAAGCUCAAGGCUGAGAGAGAGCGUGGUAUCACUAUUGAUAUUGCUCUGUGGAAGUUUGAGACUAAUAAGUACUAUUGCACUGUCAUUGAUGCCCCUGGACACAGGGAUUUUAUUAAGAAUAUGAUUACGGGGACUUCUCAGGCUGAUUGUGCUGUUCUUAUCAUUGAUUCGACUACUGGAGGUUUUGAAGCGGGUAUUUCUAAGGAUGGACAGACUCGUGAGCACGCGUUGCUUGCUUUCACACUUGGUGUGAGACAGAUGAUUUGCUGCUGCAACAAGAUGGAUGCCACAACUCCCAAGUACUCCAAGUCUAGGUACGAUGAAAUUGUGAAGGAGGUGUCAUCUUAUCUGAAGAAGGUGGGGUACAAUCCUGAUAAGAUUGCGUUCAUUCCUAUCUCUGGAUUUGAAGGCGACAACAUGAUUGACAGGUCUACCAACCUUGACUGGUACAAGGGUCCUACUCUUCUUGAAGCCCUUGAUCAGAUCAAUGAGCCAAAGAGGCCCUCUGAUAAGCCCCUUCGUCUCCCACUUCAGGAUGUCUACAAGAUUGGAGGUAUUGGAACUGUGCCUGUUGGGCGUGUUGAAACUGGUGUGAUCAAGCCUGGUAUGGUUGUGACUUUUGGCCCUUCUGGAUUGACCACUGAAGUCAAGUCAGUCGAGAUGCACCACGAGGCUCUCCAAGAGGCUCUUCCUGGUGACAAUGUUGGGUUUAAUGUGAAGAAUGUUGCUGUUAAGGACCUCAAGCGUGGCUAUGUCGCCUCAAACUCUAAAGAUGAUCCUGCCAAGGAGGCUGCCAACUUCACUUCUCAAGUCAUCAUAAUGAACCACCCAGGGCAGAUAGGAAAUGGAUAUGCACCUGUGCUUGACUGUCACACUUCCCACAUUGCUGUCAAGUUUGCUGAACUUUUGACCAAGAUAGACAGGCGGUCUGGUAAGGAGCUUGAGAAGGAACCCAAGUUCCUAAAGAAUGGUGAUGCAGGAAUAGUUAAGAUGAUUCCUACCAAGCCUAUGGUGGUUGAAACAUUUGCUGAGUAUUCUCCUCUUGGUAGGUUUGCUGUUAGGGAUAUGAGGCAGACUGUGGCUGUUGGAGUCAUUAAGAGUGUGGAGAAAAAAGAGCCCACAGGAGCGAAGAUCACAAAAGCUGCUGCCAAGAAGAAAUGAACCGUGCAGGAUGCGCCCUCUAUCUUGGGUGGAUGUUACCAUAUUUAUAAUAAAGGCCUGAGUUCUGUUUUCAGUGCCGUUUCUUGUCAAGGAUGUCUGUCUAUAUGUUUUUGCUUAAGUCUGUGUUCAGUGGUUGUUCCGUCAACCGGUGCCUGGUCUGAGCACUGGGUGCUUGAUCGACGGUGGCAUGGUUAUUAUGCUUUGUUUUACUAGUAUGUUUCCUUUCUAGUUUUCAAUUUUUCAUGAUGUUCUCCCUGUGGACUAAACAGGAUCUAUAUAAUCAUUAAGCUGCCUAAUUUGAAUGUUUUACAUAUUCUUUGUGAUCA